UUCCCCAGGGUGCUACACCUGCUUGGGGAGAGGGAGGAGCAGGGACCCCUGGGAUGGGAUGAAGAUGGAGCUGUUGUUUAUUCUGGCAGUGUCCAGGAGUGAUCUGGGUGGGAGUGCCCCGCCCAGUGGAGAAGGACCUGUGCUGUGGGCAGGGAGCAGGGCAGGAAGUGAGGGAGGGGGAGGGGAGCCUGAAUGCCAGGCCUCUUGCUCUCCAGGAGUGCUGGUUAAGGAGGGUCUGAAGGUAAGACUCAGUCUGUGCACAUGAGUCUUGCAUCUGCAUCGUCCACAUGCAAGUGUCUUGCCAGCCCCUUGCUCAGGAGGGUGGCCUGUCUGAAGACUGAGUCUCCUGAGGGUAGUGCGAUGCUGGGACAAUGAAUGGGGGACAGCAGAGGACCCGCUCACAGGGAGUGACCUAGGAGAGUCUGAGGGAGGAAGUGCGCCCAGCACAGUCCUGUCAGCCACGAGCCCACCAGGGACAACACAGUGCUGAGAGGCAACUUGGGUUGGCCAAGAGUUGGGUAGUCAAGGUCAUAGUCAGGUGGGACCAUCAAGCCAGGUGAGGAGACUGGCGACUGUUGAAAGCAGCCAGGGUGGGGUGCAGAGCAUUGUGGUUGUCCCAACUACCUGCGGUUUCUGGUGGCAUCUGCUGUGGUUCUCUGCCUUUGCCUGUGGACACCUUGGACAGGAGCACAGCCUAUAUAGUUCAGGUGUGGCUGUCAGCUGGGCAGAAGGGUCUGGGAAAGCCAGCAUGGUUGUGGGAUUUGCCUUGCUCAGGGAGCAGGGGCAGUUCCUUACUCUCAGCUCUAGUGGUGUUUCUCAGCCAGGUGAACACACUUGUCUAACCAUGAGUGCAGCACUCUGCGUUGAGGUCCUACCUAGAAUGACCUUUCGACAGACCACUUAGUGGAGAACUAGUGUUAAGCACCUCAUGGGUACUUGACCUCAUUCAGCCAAAGUACAAAGUGACUUCUCAUCUGUUUUAAGCAUAAAUUUACAGUGGGAAAAAUAUAUUUACUUGACAAUAACAGAAAUUACACCCACUAGCCAUUGGUCAGAGAUUCCUGGGAGCUGAGCCAAGGGUUUAUUCUGAACCACCCUGCUCAGACUGCCGCCUUGUGAAGGAUGGGCCUCCAUGUGAUAGCUUUGUGUGAUUCAUGAUGCUCAGCUGGGACAUGGUGGCCUGGGGGUGCUCCCAGACGCCCUCUGUCAGCCAUUCACAUGUGCACCAGGUGGGAGGGGUUGACAUGCAGUGUGUGGCCAAGCCUGAGGCCCAUCAUGGGCAGGAGUCAGGGCUCCAGGAUUCUGGCCCACAUCUCCAAGGUGGUCGUCCAGAGCCACCCAUUGCUUCAGUUGAGGUCAUCAUGCUGGGGGUCUUGGGGCAACAUGGAGUGUAGGUGGAGCAAUAGGAGAAAAACACACUGUCUGAACCUCCUUUCUGAUUUCUAGAAAUACAAACCACAUAAAAAGAAAGGUGUUUGACGUAUGUUUUGCUUUUAAGGAUUACAGUUGAAAAUACAGGAAAUUUAAAAUUUCAGCAAGGGGUGUACAGUUAUGUCCAGACCUGGUAUCCACUGAAGGGGUUCUGUGGCUCCAGGAAACAUGAGGUGGGCAGUGGAAAGUGCAGUGCUGGGCGGGUUCUGAGCCUGGAGUGGAGGGUGUCGUAAGGAGGUUCUUAUCUGCGGGCAUUGAUCUGUGGAAUGCAGCCUGGGGCUGAUUUCUCUGAGGUACCUUCUCAUUUAUUCCUCUCCAAGUAUGGCCUGGGGAUCACACCAGCAGGGGCAGUUGCACCUUGGCCCUGGGCUUCAGUCUGCAUGGCCAAAGGAGUCACACCAAAUGCCUACCCUGAGAUCUGCAACCCCACAGUUGGUCCACACCACCUGCAGAGAGGUCCUUGCCCCAAGUCCUGGCAUGGAUCAGACAGGGUGCCCUUGGGCCAGGUGUUGGCACACUGGCUUCUUGCCCAAAUGCAGCCAUUCUGCACCGAUGGCAAUCUUGUGUUUGUCCUUUCAGAACAUCUGGCCUUUUCCCUCCUCUACAGACACCCUGUGUCGGGCCACCUGCCUCCCACUGGUUGGUUGGUCCUGCAUCUCAUAAGCAGGUUGUCCCUGCAGAGGGGUCUGACUAGACUGCUUGGGGACACGCUCCCCCAUCAGUAGGAAGUGGCAGCGGGCCACCCGGUGGGCCAUCUCUGUUCAGGAGGGCAGUGGGCUGGUGUGGACAGCAAGAAAGCACCUCCCGCAGCUGCUGUGUGACUCCGAGUCAGAAUCUAGUCCAGGGCUGAUAUCACUGGUGCACAAACCCCAGGAGACUCACACAACAGGUUAGGGACCAUGGAGAACCAGAGGCACAGUCGCUGACCUCGUGCAUCCUAAUGUGGUGACUAGUGGUCUGUCCUCAAGGUGGAUGGGUGAUGCUGAGAGCGGAAGGUCACUUCCAAAGCAUCAGAACUAUGUCAGCAAUUAGGAAUGUCAGCCAGGGAAGAAAGGUGGGCUUCAUGGUGAGACAGCCUCUGCAGGUCAUCCGGGCUUCUCCCUGUGCUGCCAAGCCACGACCCAGCACCCCCAGUGCUGCUCCUUUCCAGGUGUGCUUUGUGUUCCUUGCAGUCCCCUGGAGAGGAGUUCUGGGUGGCACCGUCUCAGUGCUUGUGGUGUAGCAGAGUGCUGUCUUCUGCUGCAUGGAUGUGGGUGUGGGCAUUGUCUGUCCAACUCCUGCCUCCCUGUCAGGAGGCCCUGAGAGUUGAGCCAGGUGCCUGCAGAGCACCACCAGUCAGCAUGGAGGAAGGUUGUGCUGGCCACAGGGGUCCAGGGAAGCUCCUCACCACAGGCCAUGCUCUAAGAAACUGCAGAUGGAUGACAAUUUUCUGGAAAAGGUAGAAUUUUUCAUUCUUAAAUAAUGAGAGCACUCAGGAGAAGACUGCCAUGGUCCUUCUGGAAGGUGGACCCAGUGGUGUGGGUCAGAGGCAGGCUCCACGCCCUGCAGCCCUGGUUCUCAGGAGCCCACUGGGGUCGAGGUACCUGUGGGGCACUGUAGUGGUGGCCCAUGCCCCGAUGCUGGAAGCAGACUACUCCCUGUGUAUAUUAAUGGGGGAACCAAGUGUUCUUCGUCCCACUGUCUAAGGUCAUCACAUGAUAGUGUCUUAGAUUCCUGCAAAGUUGCAUUUGUGGCCAUGGCAAUGCUAGAGGUUCCUUUAGUUCUUGAAAGUAAAUUUAGUAAUGAAGGAAAAUAAUUCCUCUGCUCGUUCCCUUUGUGUGUGUGUAUGUGUGUGAGAGAGAGAGAAAACACUCCCUGGAAUGAGUUCAGAUUAUUACAAAUUAUUAAUUUGCCCCAUUCAGCUCAUUUCCUGCCACUUUUCUUCCUGCCUGAUGAGACCUGAGGUGUUCCACAUACUUACUUGCCCUCUAGCAGCUGUGGCGCUUUUCUGUGCCUGUGGUUCAGACAAUUUGCACAGAAGUGAUUUGUUUCGCAUGAAAGCACAGUGUCUUGACCCUCGCUGUGGCGCUGGCAGGACUUCCUGACCAGUUGUGGGUUUUGUGUCUUGGGUUCUCUGCUGCCUCUGCCCACGUUUAGUGGUCUUGCUGCUGAUUCACACCGCUCAGGCGGGGAAGAGACAGGCCUGGCCCGCUGCCUGUCAGCUGCUCUGAUGUGGGGUCCUGGGGCUGACUGAAGUAAUGGUGUUGGGGUGGCCUGUGAGUCUGUUGUGCUGCUGUUCCCACUUCCACGACUGAUGUUGGCGAUGUGAUCAUGGGAAACAGAUGAAGUGGAGGAGCAUGCAGUGGGCAGCUGGCUUAGGUUGCACGUGCGGCCGCAUGGCCAGUCUUCCUGGCCCCAGCCGAUCUCUGGUGCAGUGGCCCGUCGCCCUUACAGUCCCACCUGUGCUUCCCCCAUGAAGGUCAUGAAACGUGUGCGCACGGAGCAGCUCCAGACGGCAGUGUCCUGCUACCUCAAACGCCGGCAGUUCGUGGACUCCGAUGGCCCCUUGAAGCAAGGCCUGCGGCUAUCACAGAGUGCAGAGGAGAUGGCGGCCAACCUCUCAGUCCAGUCUGAAUCGGGUUGUGCCAACAUAGUAUCUGCAGCCCCUUGCCAGGCAGAGCCCCAGCAGUAUGAAGUACAGUUCGGACGGCUGCGGAAUUUUCUCACUGAUUCUGAUUCCCAGCACAGCCAUGAAGUGAUGCCCCUCCUCUACCCUCUCUUCGUCUACCUCCAUCUCAACCUGGUCCAGAACAGCCCCAAGAGCACGGUGGAGAGUUUCUACAGCCGCUUUCAUGGGAUGUUCCUGCAGAAUGCAGGCCAGAAAGAGGUCAUUGAGCAGCUGCAGACCACACGAACGGUCCAAGACGUCCUGUCCGACUCCAGGCUCCGCGCAUUCCUGGACAACAAGUACGUGGUCCGCCUGCCAGAGGACAGCUACAACUACCUGGUGCGCUACCUCCAGAGCGACAACAACACCGCACUGUGCAGGGUGCUGGCUGUCCACAUCCACCUGGAUGUGCAGCCUGCCAAGAGGACAGACUACCAGCUCUACGCCAGUGGCGGCCCCCGUGGUGAGAGCGGUAGCCUGGAGCCCCCAGAUGUGCCCAGCCCUCUCUUGCAGAAUGAGGCCGCCUUGGAGGUCUUGCAGGACAGCAUCAAGCGCGUAAAGGACGGGCCUCCCUCCCUCACCACCAUCUGCUUCUACGCCUUCUACAACACGGAGCAGCUGCUCAACACCGCUGAGGUUUCCCCCGACAGCAGGCUGCUGGCUGCCGGGUUUGACAACUCCUGCAUCAAGCUCUGGAGUCUGCGGUCCAAGAAGUUGAAGGCGGAGCCCCACCAGGUGGACACAUCACGCAUCCGCCUGGCUUGUGACACUUUAGAGGAGGAGGACACUGAGGAUGACGGCACGGGCACGGAGAUGAAGACGCUGCGGGGCCACUGUGGACCUGUGUACAGCACACGCUUCCUCGCGGACGGCUCAGGGCUGCUCUCUUGCUCUGAAGAUAUGUCCAUCCGAUACUGGGACCUGGGUACCUUCAGCAACACUGUGCUGUACCAGGGGCACGCCUACCCGGUGUGGGACUUGGACGUCAGCCCCUAUAGCCUGUACUUUGCCAGCGGGUCCCACGACCGCACUGCCAGGCUGUGGUCACUGGAUCGGACGUACCCCCUGAGGAUAUACGCAGGUCACCUGGCGGAUGUGGACUGUGUCAAGUUCCACCCGAACUCCAACUACCUGGCUACAGGCUCGACCGACAAGACUGUCCGGCUGUGGAGCGCCCAGCAGGGGAACUCUGUGCGGCUCUUCACGGGCCACCGCGGGCCCGUGCUGGCUGUUGCCUUCUCUCCCAAUGGGAAGUACUUGGCCUCCGCAGGCGAGGACCAGCGGUUGAAGCUGUGGGACUUGGCCUCCGGGACCCUCUUCAAGGAGCUGAGAGGCCACACAGACAGCAUCACCAGCCUCGCCUUCAGCCCAGACAGCGGCCUGGUGGCCUCUGCCUCCAUGGACAACUCUGUGCGCGUCUGGGACAUCAGGAGUGCCUGCGGCAGUGCGCCUGCCGAUGGCUCCUCCAGCGAGCUGGUGGGCGUGUACACGGGGCCCAUGAGCAGCGUCCUGGGUGUGCAGUUCAUGGCCUGCAACCUCCUCCUGGUGACGGGGAUCACACAGGAAAAUCAGGAGCAUUAGCCUUUUAUCUUGGUUAGGGUGGACUGAGCCGUAGCAGAGGCCUCUGGCUGCAGCCGUGGACGUGUGGAUACCGAAUCACUGAUGGACUAUGACAGAGCCCCUCCCUUCCUGCUGGGCCCCGACCACGCUGCAGGCCCAUGGGGCUCGUGGGGUGGGCAGAGCAUUGGUGCCUGGGCAUGGGCUGAGGACUGGCCCACUCCCAGGGCGGCUGCUGGCCUUGAGGACCCCCGGGACCUCCUGCACCUCCCUCUCCUCCUCGACUGACCUGCCUUCUCCUGUCCGCAGGCUGCAGAGUGCCCACAGCAGCAGCGCAGUGUCACUUUGGCCACCUCUUGCUUCUCGAGGGCUCCUGUUGGAGGCUGGGGUGGGGCCUGGGGAGGGCUCAUCCUGGCAGAGUCUUUCCUUUUUUCUUAAUGACAGAGAACCAGGAUUUUUUUAAUUAUUGUUAUUAUAAUUAUUAUUAUUAUUAUUAUUAUUGAGAAGAGGAAACUAGCACUGGCAGAGGGGCCCUUCUCUGCUUUAAUCUUUCAGGUUUGACUCCUGGCACUGGCUGUGAUCCUGGGAAUUUUAAGGUUCAGGGAACUCUCAGAAGCUGGCAGCACAGUGUAUUGGGAGAAGGGAAGUCUCUGUGUGGCCUGGUGGUGCCAGGGACCUGUUUCUGGAAGCAGGUGAGGGCGCUGAGCACUGGCUCUGUAGUGGCCCUGGGAAGGGAAAGUCCUUUUCUCAGCUGCACUUUUGUCAGAAAUUCUCCCCUAAAAAGAGAGAUGAUGGUGGGCUGGUGUGACUUGGCAGCAAACCGCUUGCCUAGCAGGCGUGAGGCCCCGGGUUCAGUCCCCAGCACCAGAUAAAAAAAUUAUGAUAAAAAACAAUUUGGAAUAAGUCACAAGAUAUGGAGUCUCCAAAGGACUGUUUGUCAAGGUAGCCCUCAGCGCCUUCCUCCAGCGGCGGCCACGCUGCGCUGUCCUGCCCUGUUUUGUCGCGCUCGCCCUGAGGGCAUGCCAAGCCCAGCUAUGCCGAGGGUAAAGCAAGUUCUGACAUGUGGAAAAAGGGUUAAAUAUUUCUGUUUUCUGAAAAGAGUUAUUUUGUAUUUUGUUUUCUAUUAAAAUGUAUUUAGUUUCAACAAA